ACUCGAUUGAGGAGAAUAAGAAACCUAUUUAUACCUCAUUUCCCUUGGGCCGGAGGUAGAUUGAGAGCGCCGCCAUGUUAUCGGUGGCGCCGGUGUCGGCAAAAAUGGAUAUCUCAAUCGGCCGGAUCUCACGGUGAAGCAGUUCCCUGUGGGUCUAUUCACGCCCGAGAACAAGAAGGCCACUGGUUGGGGCCGCAGAUACCAUACCGGUGACAGUGGGCGAUUCAACGUCCGCGCCAUGCCCACUGUUGAGGGCAGUGUUGGGACUGUGGUGUUUCCGGCGGUAAUAUCAACCGUUGAGAGUGGGUGUUGGCCGCUGGACCGAGCAGUAAAUUAAUUAAAUUCUGAUGUCACAAAUAACUCGAGGAGAGAGAAGGGAAUAAAAAAGAAAUUAAAAAAAAAAAAAAAAAAAAACAGUCUUGGCUUUUCCCUUGUCGAAAGACCCCGAUGGUUAUUAUUUCCAUCGUUGUCCCCGCGCUGGCUGUCUUUUUCUCCUCCAGUGUCGAGACUCUCCAGCGUUGGCUUCAAUUGCUACACCACGAACUUGUUAGCUAAUCCGCCACUCUUCCGACAUCCGGCGGAGAGUGCGUUGGUCCUCCAUUUCUCUCCCCCAUUUUGUUCUCUCUCGUUCUCCCUCCCAUCAUGAUCUCUGCAAACCCCGAAUAUCCCAUGCCACCACGGCGGAUCCUGAUUGUGGGUGCGGGCAUUGCCGGGAUUUCCUGUGCCCUGGCGCUGUCCAGGGAACUGACCCCGUUUGUCCCCGAUCUCCAGAUCACCGUCUUCGAACGACACGAUAUCCUUUCCACGUCCGGCGGGGCGAUCAAUCUCACGCCCGUUGCCCAGAGACAUCUCUCCCAACUACGCGUGCUGGAGGAAUUGGAUAAGAUGGGGACCGAGGCCGGCGUGGACGUCGACGCGAUUGAAAUGUUCUCCUCGCGCACCGGGAGACAGAUCGGCGCCGUGGACUUCACCGAUAGCCACGGGAAUGGAUUCGGCGGCUUCAAGGGGCGCCGUGUGAUGCGCAUUGUCCUGUCCGUGGCCAUGCUGGCCGUGGUCGAGCGGACGAAAAACAUCAACAUGGUGUUCGGCAAGAAGCUGGUCGGCGGCGACGAGACCGAGGACGAGGUGACGCUGCGCUUUGACGACGGCACGACCGCCACGGGCGACUUGGUGGUGGGCUGCGACGGGGUGCAUUCGGCGACGCGCAGCAAGAUCGUUGAUCCAGGGCGCACGUCGGAGUACACGGGCAUCUCAUUCCUCCAGACCACCAUCCGCGCAGACCAGAUCACCGCCCCCAUCCACUUCCGCACGACGGCCAUGAACAUCUCGCGGCACGGGUCGUUGUUGACGAGCUACUGCGACCGCGAGUGCGAGCAGAUCUUCGUCGCCGCCAUCGUGCAGUUCGAUGAGCCGGCCGUCCUGCAGCACCGCAUCGAGCCAGGCCAGGACUGGAAGACCCAGUAUCGCAUCAAGACCGCACUGCAGCAGGAGGCCCGGAGACGAUUCGGACGGGCAGGCAUCCCGUGCAUCCGGGAGCUGAUGACCAAGGGCGAGGAUUGGAUGUUGUACCCGGUGUAUCAGGUCCGGCCGGGGGGGCGAUGGUCUACCAAUCGAAUAAUACUACUUGGGGACGCAGCACACGCGAUGCCGCCGCGGGACGAGUCGGCGGCGUACGCACUCGACGACGCAAUCUUAUUCUCGCGAAUCAUGGCCCGGUACCGCUUCGAGCCGUUACCCGAGGUGUUCAAGACCUACGAAGGAUUCCGGCGUGACACCGUCGACCGCGCCUUCAAAAUCUCGCGGCGCAUGUGGGAACGCAACCGCGACAUGGGUCUCCUGGAGGGCCGGCUGAAGGAGUGGAUCAUGCCGUUAUUCCUCCGGAACCAUCGAUACGAGCGUGAGACGGCCUGGGUGUUUGAUGCCGCGCAGGCUAGCAUUCCGACGCCGUCGUCGAGCGAGGAGGAGUUUUCGCUAUAGUCGUGGACGAAAGAGAUCAACCCAUAGCCCCUUGUCAUUCUUUCUUCUCUUCUCUUUUUCCUUUACCCUAUACUCUCUUUAGUACGUUUCCUUUCCUCUAUGUUUCCCUUCUACAUGUUCCCUUUCCUACGUGCUCUCUUUCGGACCUGUUCCCUUUCUUAUCUUUUCUUUCAUCGGAGUUACAGCGUCAUACACGGCGGUAUUGUGGCAAGUUCAUUGUUCGGUUUCAACGGCGGCGGUGAUGAUACAUGUAUCAAGACAUACACGCGGGUUUGGGCGGAGUUACAUUUCUAUUCUUGUUGUUAUUAUCAUUAUUCCCAUUGUUGUUGUCACGGAGGAUCCGGUCAUAAUGAGAAUCUUGGGACGUGCAGCGUGCAGAUGAUGUAUUAUUAGCAGACUUCGUCGCCCGCGCGAGAAGCUUCCCUUCCGGAGGCCAAAUAAACUCGGAUCUGCACGGCUUGUAUUAGUGCCUGGUAGAUCAUGAAUAACAAUCACGGGCGUGGAGCGCUCAACUCUGCGGAGGGUGCUGCAGGCGCAUCAUACGAUGCGAUCUUCCAGAGCCGGAGUU